GUCAGUUUUACAGACGUUAAAAAGGAGCGCGAAAUGGUGAAGUGGGAACACAUGAAGGCAAUGGACUACUUGCGUGAACCAUCUACAAAAUCUGGAGGAAAAAGAGGCGGCGCUGAGUCGAGGGCGGUGGUAUUUCGAGGAGGAGGUGCAGGACCAGGCCAGGGUCCUGUGAUGGAUCUGAAGAGUGAGAUGUCUAGCGUUACUGAGGUGGGUCACUCUUCCAUUGGGCGUCAUGGCCACCGUGUCUUCCUAUGGGAACUUUCCUUCUGA